AUGCCGAGGUCGAGGCAGCAGAACCACCUCCGCCUCCUCCUCCUCCUCCUCCAGCGCAGCCGUCUGCUGCUUCUUCCACGCUUCUACUUCCUUCUAAUGCUAUUCUCAUUGCCGUCUCUGGUUCCAGCUAAUCAGGAAGUCACUGCGCUUUUCCAGUGGAUCAACUCCUCUGCAACCACGCUGCCGGAUUGGAACCCGGCCCAUGCCACGCCCUGCAAGUGGAGCCAUGUCACCUACAACGCCGCAGGCUCUGUGUCGGCCGUCGCUAUCCAGUCGCUUCCCUUGGCCAUCUCCCUUCCUGCUGGCCUCUGCGUCGUGCUCCCCAGCCUCGCCGCCUUUGUUGUCUUCGACGCCAACCUCACCGGCGCCAUCCCGCCUGACUUCGGUGACUGCUCCUUCCUCGCUGUGCUAGACCUCAGCUCCAACUCCCUCUCCGGUGGCAUCCCUGCGGCCCUCGGCCGCCUCCCUUCGCUCUCCUCUCUCAUACUCAACUCCAAUCAGCUCUCUGGUUCAAUCCCGGAUGACCUCGGAGCUGCAGCGGAGCUACGUCACCUCAUACUCUUCGACAACCGGCUCUCCGGCCCCAUCCCAGUCGCCCUUGGCAAUCUCUCACUCCUCGAGACGUUCCGCGUCGGCGGCAACCGCGACCUCUCCGGGCCGAUUCCUGACUCCCUCUCUCUCUGCGCCAACCUCACCGUCCUCGGCCUCGCGGACACCAAGGUCUCUGGCCCCAUUCCGGCCUCGUUCGGACGGCUCGCCAACCUCCAAACCUUGUCCAUAUACACUACCAUGCUAUCUGGCUCCAUCCCGCUGGAGCUCGGGAACUGCUCUUCCCUUGUCCAUAAUGCCUAG